AUGUUGAACACGCGGUCUAAGAUCGUCAAUGGGUCGGGUGUAAAAUUUCCUGAUGGUGCGCUCGGUGUCCGGUUCGAUGGCGUCAACUUCGCCUACGUACCUGAGGAACCCGUUUUACGAGACGUUUCGUUCACCCUGGCGCCCGGACGGGUGUUGGGACUCAUCGGACGAACCGGUAGCGGGAAGACGACGAUCUCCCGACUGCUCUUCCGACUGUACGAGCACAGUAGCGGACGGAUUACUCUCGGGGGCGAGGACACUCGCGGAGCGAGGCUGCGCGAGUUGCGGGACAUGAUCGCUUUGGUGACGCAGGACGUCCGGCUCUUCCACGGUACGAUCCGCGACAAUCUGACGUUCUACGACACAACCGUGCCGGACGAGCGUUUGUUGGAGGUGGUCAGCGAUCUCGGUCUCGGAUCGUGGCUGCGGGAACUCCCGAAUGGUCUCGAUACGGAAUUGCAGACCGACGGUGGAGACUGUCCGCCGGCGAGGCACAGCUUCUCGCAUUCGCUUGCGCUUUCCUGA